GGCCCCGUCCGGGAGACGGUGCUCCAUGUUCUCAUUUCUCCCCCAUGUCUUAUUUCAUUUUCUUUUUUCUUUUUUCUUUUUCUUUUUUCCUUUCUCAUCUCCGGCGUUCCGACCGGAUUCUCUUCUCGUUCAUUGGAUCGCGGGGCGUCUGUGGGGGAGAUUCUUUCCGAGGGUUAUAGGGUCUUUCCGGGAGGCCUGUGGGGAUCACGGAACCGAUGGCGUCAUAGGUUGGAUAUAAUUACUUUGCCGGGGUAAAAUAAUGACAUUGAUGAACUGAAGCUGUAUCUGACGGUAGACCAGAUGUACACCUGUAAGUGUAGUAAGCUGAGGCAGUAAGUCAGAAGAGGAAGAGGAAGAAUCGUCCGUGUAGUCCAGAGUAAGAAGAGAAAAAGCUGGAAUGGAGAGGCUUAUCGAUAAGAGGAGUGCUGGCUGCCUG